AUGGAACAAAAAUGUAUCCUCGUCCUAAAGCGUGCCCCCGAUGGCUCGAUGCACGUCUACUCCCAGCAUCAGUCACACACACCCUACGUCCCUGUUCCAAUGAACAUUCCCUCGAACCCUUCGUAUGUACAAAGCCUCACAUCUUAUGGAGCGAAGCACAACGCCGACGGCCAUUACCCGAUCUUGUCUAUGCCUAUGAGUCAUUCUUACACCACCUCUUCAGUCAUGGCCCACGCUCCGGUUGGGUUCAGCUCAUCACUCCCGACAUCGAUAUCGGCACCGAUUCCCAUUCGGCGUCACACCCUCCCUCACAUUGCUUAUCCUGAUUAUGGACGCGAAGAGCCCUACGAGCAAACCAGUCCUCAGUCCUACGACGGCUCAAUUCAAUCCCCAGUCUCGGUCCAAUCGCCGAAUGAGCGCUCGUUUUCGGAUACCGAGUACGAGGUAACGGCGUCAUAUGCGGCCCCAGUCAUGUCGACUCCUUUCCGUGGCGCGACUGCUGUUAUCAACCCGGGCACUCCUUAUACUGUGCACCGGUCUCGCGCCCACACUCAGGAAGGCUCGGACGGUAGCAACUCGGGUUGGCGCACUGUUGCUGCAAAUCUCAUUGAUUGGAAUGGCAGAGCACACGGUGGUCACUCUCGCGACAGUUCUUCAGGAUCUACCGUAUCCAACGCGACCGCCGUUGGCGAGCAACUCUCGAGCUCGUUGCCUUACCCUAUGACUGGGUCCCACUCGGACUUUCCCAUGACCCCGAGGACGGUCAACCCAGGGUCGUAUCACGAUCAUGACUAUUACGAGCCCCCACACGUACGCUCCUUCAACCCAGCCUCACCCCCUUCGGCCUACUACGAGGCUUCACAGUCGCCCAAUUACGUACUUUCCCCGUCUUACCCCUCGUCCCAAUACCAAGGCAGCUUUGGGUCGCCCCAAUCCAUUAGCCCAGUCGCGCUCAUUGGCUCUCAACACCCGCUUGUCCCAAAGACCGAGACUUUUGAACCUGACCUGGCCUCGGCUUACUCGAGCAAUCUCUGGCAGCAACCGCGCGGCACUCUGGAUAGCCUGCAGGAGGAUGACGAUAAAGAUUCGAGCGUAGAUGACGAUGCCAAGUCACCAUCUCCAGAUAGCUCCUUGCCGAAUACUCCGGCUGCUGUCGAGUUGGCUCUUCCUCCUGUUGUUCCUUCUCAGCCGUUUACUAGUGAUGCGGCUCGCGUCACGUCGACCAGCCCACCACCACCUGUCGACUUUGAUAUCCAGAUCACGAGCACCGGCAAUAUCCGAAUGCCCAGGUCGUGUCGGAACACCGUGCCCGUUCCCAUUCCAAACUUGACCAAGAAGAGUCGAGGACGCCGAGUUCCCACCAAGCUUGUUACGGUUCCCUCGACUGGGGUCGGCAAGAGUGCUCGGACGUUUACUUGCACCGUGGAUGGAUGUGGAAAGUGUUUUAAUCGUGGCGAGCAUCUGAAGCGCCACAUCCGCAGCAUCCACACGGAUGAGAAGCCCCAUGUUUGUCCCGUACAGAAAUGUGGCAAGACUUUCAGCCGUCAUGAUAACCUCUGCCAACACAUGCGGGUUCACGGGAAAUUCUCCGCACCAGCUGAUGGUGGCUUGAGCGACUUUUAA